AAGAGCUAGCCCUUCCCCAAAUAAAACAACGUAAGAAAAAGGCUAAAACCCUAACUAAAACCCCUCUUUCUCUCUCUUCCAGAACUCAGGCAGCCAUGGAUAUGGAGACAGACGAAACCGUGAAGAGAGUGCAAGUUCGGUUCGUAACUCACCUCGAACAACACUUCAAAGUUCCUUCAAACGCCAUUGCUAUUCCUUCUGACCUUACUCGUUUCGGUCUCUCUUCUAUCGUCAAUAAUCUCCUCAAAGCCGUUGAUUCUGAUUGGGAGCCGGAACCUUUCGAUUUUUUAAUUGAUGGCGAGUUGGUUCGAUUGUCGCUUGAAGAGUUUCUUCUUGCUAAGCGCAUUUCUGCGGAAAAAGUUGUGGAGAUUGAAUACAUUAGGGCUGUUGUACCACGCAAACAAGAAGAGCCAUGCUUACAUGAUGAUUGGGUCAGUGCAAUUGAUGGCUCUGAUCCUAGGUUUGUUUUGACAGGAUGUUAUGAUGGUCUUGGAAGGAUAUGGACGGGUGCUGAGACAUGUACUCAUAAGUUAAAAGGACACACUGGUGCCCUAACUUCUCUUUGUAUUAUCAAUGGAAAGGGUUCUGAUAAUGGUAAUAACAUCUGUGUGGCUACUGCUUCGAAGGAUCAAUCGCUCAGGCUUUGGCAGUUUGAUGCAGAAAAUGCCACAGAUAAUCCUGCAACCAUUACUGCAUCUAAAGUUUUACGAGGGCAUAGUGCAGCUGUUGAAUGUGUCUCAUCGCAGCAAUCUGGAAAUAUGGUGUGUUCUGGUUCCUGGGACUCUACAAUUAAUCUGUGGCAGGCAAAUCUCUCUGGUGCUGAUGGUGAUCUUGCUUCUAUGAAAAAGAGGAAAAAGAGUGGCGUUGUAAAUGAAUCAGUAUCAGAGGGUGAAGCUGUAUCUACACUAGUAGGACACACUAAUUGUGUAUCUUCUGUUCUUUGGGCACAUGAUGAAACUAUCUAUUCUGCAUCUUGGGACCAUUCCAUCCGAAUUUGGGAUGUUGAAACAGGGAAUGCAACAUGGAGCAUGUUCUCAGGCAAGGUUCUUAAUUGUAUUGAUAUUGGAGGAGAGAGCUCUGGUUUAGUAUCAGCUGGUGGUUCUGAUGGCACAUUAAGGAUAUGGGAUCCUCGCAGACCAGGGACAUUAGCUCCUGUGUAUCAGUUUUCAUCGCAUACUAAUUGGAUUUCUUCUUGCAAAUGGCACAAAAAAUCUUGGUUUCAUUUGGUUUCCGCAUCAUAUGAUGGGAAAGUAAUGCUAUGGGAUUUGAGAACAGCGUGGCCUCUGUCCGUGAUUGACUCACACAAUGAUAAGGUAUUAUCCGUUGAUUGGUGGAAAGGCAAUAGCGUUGUCAGUGGGGGAGCAGAUUCUAAGAUGUGUAUCUCUUCGGAAAUUCCAGUGAUGUAGAUGAUUUGUACUAGUGUUCCCUCUGGUAAUUAAUCGUAACCAGUCCUCAAUGUAGUUACAGUCAAUGCAAGGAACUUUUCACAUUACAUUAAAAAUCAGGAAGGAGGAUAAUCCAACCAUUUUUGCUCAAAAAAGUGAGCGAGAACUUAUGAUAAAAAGUCCAUUUUAUUUGAUA